AUGUGCGAAUAUACUGGCGAUUUAAAAGAUCCCCAGCGCCACUGCGACAUUCAACUGUCUGACGCAGAAAUUACUGAAGCCACCAAGAAAUUGCUGAACGAACCUUUAAAGGAAUGUAGUAAAACAGGACUUAGUCCUUUCUGCACAUUCAACAAGCCACCAGCCGCUUAUUCUCUUUGGAAGAAGAAACCACAAGAUAAACCGGCCAAACCGGCUCGUACCAAAACCAAGGCCACCAAGAGGCCUGCCAAGAAGAAAACCACUGAGUCCGCUGAUUUAAACUUGGACGAUGACAAGGAUGAUGACAAGGAUGAUGAUGAGUCAGAGGAUGACGCCGAAGCUAGCCGUGCAGAUGGCGUAGAGGGGACUUCUCAUUCCUCCUCUGGCGAAUCAACUAGGACUCAAAUCCUGACCUUCAAAACUGUACCUGGGGGUCAGGCCAAACCCAGCAAAAAGGCGAAGCUGAACAAGCCGGUCGAUGUCUCCAACCCGUCCGAACCGGAGAAACAACAGUUAGAACCUUCUAACCCAAUUGCUGAAGCCACCCUUGAUGACCCACCACCACAAGACCAUGAAGCCUCCAUAGAUCAUAUGGACGUUGAACCGACCAUUUCUAAGCCUCCAAUCCCAAUUAAGCCUGCUAAGGAAAAAACUAAUGAUGUCGUCGUCACUGGGUUUGGUUUCACAGCUCCAGGUCACUCUACUGUCUUAUCUAAGCACAGCACCAAGGAAGAAAUUUCUGCUGAAGAUAAAGGCAAAUGGAAGGCUGAACUAGUUGAGAAGGAUACACAGCUGAAUGAUCUGAAGGCCAACGUUAAAACUCAGCAAGCUGAGACAUCCAAGGCCAAAUCUGAGUUAAAACGGCUUUAG